UUGAUAUGAAACUGCAUCAGGUUUAUUUGGAGUCUAUGAGCAUUCUCAUGAUCUUAGGUUUUGUUGGAUUUAGCUUCAUAAUGUAUUGUUGGAUUUAGCUUCACAAUUUUACUUAGCAGACGGAUGUUUUGGUCUUGAUGAAUUUUAUAUUAGAUGUUCACUGGCAUGUUUACUCAGACCUGUCAUAUAGCCAUCAAAAUUGUGAAUGCUUGUCGGUGCUAUCUUGGGUUAAACAUUAACCUUUCUGGCAAUACAUUAGGUUUGGAUGUCUUUCAGUUCAUGAACUGUUGAUGCAUUAGGUACUUAAUUUCUCUAGGGGUCUAUGUAUAUUCUCUUCGCUCUGGAAGCUGCUACCAGGUUCAUGAACUUUCUGUGUUGGGUACUUUAUUUCAUUGGGGCUUAUUCUUAUCCUUUUUGAAGCUGCUAUCAGGUCAUUUAUGGAGUUUAUUUUUGUGUUAGAACUUACCGGGGCCUUCUUUAUAUGAAGCUCUCAUCAGGAAAAUUUGGUCGCAUGUUACAAGGUCCAGCACAGGAUUUGAGCCACUCUAGUUUGGCUUUCUGUGCAUUGUUUGAUUUUAGCUUUGCAAUCUGGUAUGACGGAUGUGUUUGGUCCUGGGUAUGACAAUAUUAGAUACGUGUGACGUUUUUUGAUGUCUGGUAGCUUGAUUAUUCAUGACCUUAGCCUGUAGCCUAGUUAUAAACUCCUGGUUCAAGUGGAUUUUUAAAGGAAACCAUGACUGAUGAUAUCUUUGAUUUAGCCUUUCGGUAACUGCCUUAGAUUAUAGGCUUUGGGUACUAACUACGGAGCUAAAGAGCUGUCUAUAUCAUUUUAAUUCCCAGUUUCUAGGAUAAUGUGUCUUGGAUUCUAUAGCUGUACUGUAUCUCCUUAUGAUGUCCAAAUGUUAAUGUUGUACCAGCGGUUGCCUGGUUGGGUACUCCAAAGUCCAAACAAGUCCGGCGUCAUCGUUGCAUAUUUGCAGCCUACCUUCUGUUAUUUUUUUUUUGAACUGCCUACCUUCUGUUAUUGAUACUAGAAUUUUUAGUUCACUCUCUCCUGCUGUGUGCUCCAAUGUCAAUAACUGUUUGUUGUGAAUGUUGGUGGCUAGUGAGAUUGGCGCUCUCUAGUCCUGAUUCAUGAUUAGCAGAUUUCUACUCCCUCUGCAUGAUUCUCUUGUUGUAUUGGCCUCCCGCUGCAGAAUUUUUUCUAUUCUUGAACAUACUUCGUAUGCCCCAUUUGUGGCGAGUUUGGUCAUGCAACAUGCGCCAAAAGCAUUGUUGGUUUAUGCUUUCUGCUCUUGCAGGUAAGAUCUGCAAUUCUACCAAGCAAUUAUAUUCAGGAAAUGGCGCAUGACUGUUUUCCUAUUUGGUUGUGGCUGUUGCGAUUGCACUUCUUUUUUCUCUGGGAAGCGUGGUCCAUGUUAAUUUUCAUUCACACGGGUCUAUUAUUUCUCUGAUCAAAGUUUUUGGAUGUCCGGAAAUCGGGCAGCGGAUCCAUUUGCUCCGUCUCCGCAGGCCGCGGCGCUCUUGUGAAGUGGAAGCUGGCCCGUCUCGUCGGAACCCGGGCAGUUUGGCCCAUCUCGCUCGCGCGGUCCGCUCUGCAAGAGGCGUGGUGGGGUUCUUCCGUUCUUUGGAUCCGCGGGGGAAGCGGGGCCGGUGGGCAGCGACGGCGCGGCGCGAGGUGGUGGCCCGCCUCGCCCGCCCGCGUCCCGGCAGUUUGUCAAACGCCCAUGGCGGAACAAACGGAUAGUCAGGAGCGGCGGGGACCACAUGUGCCGCUGGCAUCCUGGCUCCUCUCGCGGAGUCCACUCGCUCUAGGCAUCUCGUGUCAUGCCGCCUUGUCACCACCAAGCCACAUGCCACGGUCACUCUCGGAGAGUGACUGAAAAUAUAAGCGUCGUGUUCGAAGGUCGUGUGGUGUGGUGGUGUGCGUGCGAGCUUGCACGGCCCCCUUGAACAUCGAAUCGUAUGCAUCCAACCCAAACACAAUUACACUAGCGGUUCAAAAGUCCAAACAGCAAAAACAAGCUGCCUCGUCUCAAAAGCUGCUCCCACGAAUUCCAGGAGCAGCAACCAAAACUCGCGUCGCACCCCCGCUCCAAAGACGGCCAAACCCCAAGGCAAAACCCAGCCGACCACCGCUCCCCCGAGACAGAUCACCUCGGCAUCUCCCUCCCAUCUCCUCCCACGGCCCGCGGUCACACCGGACACCAUGUCCCGUUGCCACCGCCGCUGCUGAGUGCUCAGUGCUCACUGCUGGGUGAGAGGAUCCGUCCGCAGGCCCGCUGACCAUGGACCCGGCCUCCGAGGAGCUCGAGCGCCGCAGCCGCUACCUCAGCGCGCUCGUCCGCCGCACCAGGCUCGCCGACCCGCCCCAGCCGGAGCCGGAGGCAGCGGAGGAGGCGAAGGCGGAUGCCGUGGAGCCGGGGCUGAAGGAGGGGAAGGGAGGGAAGGAGGAGGAGACCAAGGCGAAGGAGAGAGCGGCCGUGAAGGCGAAGGCGAAGGGGGAGGGGAGGAAGGUGGCGGUGUGCGUGCGUGCGGCUGACAUGGCGCUGCCGCUGCAGCGACGCGCCGUCCGGAUCGCCGUGGAGGCCGUCGCCGCCAUGCCGCGUCUCGAGACCAAGCGCCUCGCACUCGCGCUCAAGAAGGACUUUGAUGCAACAUAUGGGCCUGCCUGGCACUGCAUUGUCGGCACAAGCUUUGGUUCCUAUGUCACUCACUCCUUGGGGGGUUUCUUGUACUUCUCCGUUGACAAGGUCUACAUUCUUCUCUUCAGAACCGCCGUCGAGCCACUCGCCCAUCCACAAUGAGACCUGAAAUCUGUUUACUCGCACAAGUGUAGAUGCAGCGCAAAAUUGUAAUUUUGAAGUUGUAUUAGAUGAUGCUCGACGCCUCAAGCCACGUUUGAGUAGUAGAGGUAAAUGAACCCGCCACAAAAAGUGUAGAACAGCCAAGCCUCUGUAGCUUCUACUUUGUACCACGCGAGGGGCUGCUGUGUAACCAUUGUUGUAUUGUGUGGUCUGGAGUUACAGAGCUGUACCCUGACUUGAAAUCUCAAUAUCAAGGUUUACCUCAGUUUCCAUUAA